AUGGCGGACGAGCGGUACCGUGUGAAAGUCUAUUUGCAGGGUAAUGACGAGCUAUGGGACAAUAUCGGCACUGGGCAGAUCUCAUUAAGUUACUCUGAGGAGCACCAGACCAUGUCUCUGCUUGUUCAGUCAGAGUCAGAUGACUCACUGCUCUUGUUGUCUAGAAUAGAUCCAGAAACGGUUUAUAAGAAACCACAAGCGGAGUUAAUUAUGUGGUCUGAAGCCGAAUACCAUGGCAUCGCACUGAAUUUCCAGGAAAGAGCGGGUUGUCAGGACAUCUGGGAGGACAUUUGCCGCAUUCAAGGUAAAGACCCACUUGCCGCAAUCACACAGGACCUCUUGCAUGAAUCAGAAGAAGAUCAAUUUGAUGAGAUGCCAGAAAUCAGUAAUCUGGUUGAGCUGCCUAACUGUGAACUCAGUACACUAAAACAAAUUGCUGAUUUAGUCACUUCAGUUCUCGAGUCACCUAUCCGGAGGGAAAGGCUGGCUCUGAUAUUGGAAAAUGAGGAUUAUAUUAAAAAACUACUGCAGCUGUUCCACACUUGUGAAAACCUAGAGAACAUUGAAGGUUUAUGCCAUUUGCAUGACAUUAUUAAAGGAAUCUUAUUUCUCAACAAGACAUCUCUGUUUGAGAUGAUGUUCUCUGAUGAGUGUAUCAUGGAUGUGGUGGGAUGCCUUGAAUACGACCCUGCUUUGGCUCAGCCAAAAAAGCAUAGGGAAUUCUUGACCCAAAAUGCAAAGUUCAAGGAGGUUAUACCAAUAACAGACUCUGAACUUAGGCAAAAAAUACAUCAGACAUACAAAGUACAGUACAUUUAUGAUAUACUUUUGCCUACACCAUCUAUAUUUGAAGAGAAUAUUCUUUCCACACUUACAAUGUUUAUUUUCUUCAAUAAGGUUGAGAUUGUUACCAUGCUACAGAAAGAUGACAAAAUUAUGUCUGAACUUUUUGCACAGUUACAGAAUAAGACUACAGAUGAUGAUAAACGACAUGAAUUGCUGGUUUUUUUCAAGGAAUUCUGUGCAUUUUCUCAGACCUUACAGCCUCAAAACAAGGAUGCACUAUUAAAAACAUUGACAAAAUUGGGAAUUCUUCCUACUCUUAAAAUUGUAAUGAGCAUAGGUGAUUUGCAAAUAAGGUCAGCUGCUACAGAUAUAUUUGCUUAUCUAGUGGAGUACAGUCCAUCCACGAUCCGCGAAUUUGUAAUGAAAGAGGAGAGCAAAGAUGGUGACCUUUUCAUUAAUAUAGUAAUUGAACAAAUGAUUUGUGAUACUGAUCCUGAGCUAGGAGGUGCUGUUCAUUUGAUGGGACUUCUUCGCGCUCUGCUUGAUCCAAGCAAUAUGCUGGUAACACCUAAUAAAUGUGAAAGAAGUGGAUUUCUAAAUUUCUUCUAUAAACGUUGUAUGAAUAACUUUAUAGCACCACUUUUGGCCACCACUUCAGAAGACAAAUGUGCAAAGGAUAGUAUAGUUGGAUAUGACAAAAACAGAAACUUGUGUGCUCUUCGCUUUAUGAGAAAGAUGAUUGGCCGUAAAGAUGAACAUUAUAAUCGUUACAUCAUCAAGGGAAAUUUUUUUGAGCCAGUUGUAAAUGCUCUUCUGAAUAAUGGGACUCGGUACAAUAUGCUGAAUUCAGCUAUUAUUGAGCUGUUUGAAUAUAUAAGAGUGGAAAAUAUCAAGUCUCUUGUGGCACAUACAGUUGAAAAGUUUUAUAAAAUACUUGAAUCGAUUGAGUAUGUCCAGACAUUCAAAGGAUUGAAGAUUAAAUACGAAAAAGAGAAAAAGAGAGAGAGACAAAGUCAAAUACGAAAGAGUUUACAUUCUGUGCCUCAUGAGAAAAUACUUUGCAAAGAUGCCAAAGACUUGGAGGCAAAGGAAGAAAUCUUUUUUGAGGAAAGUACAGGAGAAGCAGAUAUGCCACCAUUGGAAAAUGACUUUCCAGAUUAUGAUACAUGUAUGGAAACAAAAGAAGAGGAAGACAAGAUAGACCUUCCUGAUAUAACAUCUACUGGUGGCUUCAGAUUUUCUUCAUCUUAUUCUGCUGGUGCUGCUAAUGAAACAAGUAGCCCAAGCAAUAGUAAUGUGGGUGAUUUUGUGGAUCAUUCACAUGAUGAAGGGAAAAAAGAAGAAAAUGAACUACCUCCCAAGAAGAGACGUCAUCUUAGCUUAUAA